AUGUGGUCCUGCUCUCGCCUUCUAGUUCCUCUUUUGGGGAUGAUGCUGUUCCGCUCCGUGCAUGCCGCUCCUCCAGCUCCCGUGGAUGUGGAAUUGGUGAAGCGUGCGGGACGGAACUGCAACACAGCGAGCAACCGGCGCACGUGGUGUGACGGGUUCAGUCUUGACACUGACUAUGAGGUACCCGGUAACACUCCAACUGGUACAGUAGUAUCUUAUACCUUUGUCCUCACAGAAGUCAACAAUUGGGUUGGACCAGAUGGUGUGGUGAAGAACAAGUUCAUGCUGGUCAAUGGGCAAUACCCCGGCCCAACUAUUGUGGCUGAUUGGGGAGACACCAUCCAAGUCACUGUCAUCAACAACCUAGAGACCAAUGGGACCUCAAUCCAUUGGCACGGUGUGCGCCAGCUCAACAGCAACAUCCAGGACGGCGCGAAUGGCCUCACCGAGUGUCCCAUCCCGCCCAAGGGCGGCUCAAAGGUGUACCGUUUCAGGGCCACCCAGUACGGUACAUCGUGGUAUCAUUCCCACUUCAGCGCCCAGUAUGACAACGGCAUUGUGGGUACUAUCCUCAUCAACGGGCCGGCCUCUCUGCCUUACGAGGUCGAUCUCGGCGUCUUUCCCAUCACAGACUACUACUACGCAUCGGCAGACGAGCUGUUAGCGAUCACAUCUAGGAACGCACCACCGCCCGCUGACAAUAUCCUGUUUAACGGCACGAACAAGCAUCCUUCGACUGGACAGGGUCGCUACGCAGAAGUGACUCUGACGCCGGGGAAGCGCCAUCGGCUCCGCAUCAUCAAUACCUCUGCCGACGCUAGCUUCACCGUCUCCUUGGUGGACCACGACAUGACCGUCAUCGCCUCGGACUUUGUCCCCGUCCAGUCUGUCACUGUCAACAAGCUCUUCGUCGCUAUUGGGCAACGCUUCGAUGUCACCAUCGACGCAAGCAAGGUCGUGGGCAACUACUGGUUUAAUGUCACAUUUGAGGCGUCAGGCGCCUGCGGUGCGUCUGUCAAUCCCCAUCCGGCGGCCGUCUUCCGGUACCAGGGAGCACCAAAGACCGAUCCUACGAACCCUGGCACCGCGGUCGUCCCCGAGCCAUGUGUUGACAAACUUGACCUUGUUCCUGUCGUGACUCGCACUGUGUCUACAUCCGACUUCCAGCCCACCAUUGACAACACUUUGAACGUCAGCCUUGACUUGGCGCCUACUUUCGUGUGGAAGAUCAACUCCUCGGCCAUCAAUGUGGACUGGAACAGGCCGGUGCUGGAGUAUGUCAUGGAGGGCAAUACUAGCUACCCUCAGAGCGAGAACAUCAUCAGUGUGAAUGGAAAGGACCGGUGGGCCUAUUGGCUCAUCGAGAACGAGGUUGGGUUCAAUAUUGCGCACCCUCUCCAUCUCCACGGCCACGACUUUGUCGUUCUUGGACGGUCAGCUGUAGGUGCCAUCGGCCCGUUCAACGCUGCCGCCGACACCCGUACCCUCAACGGCAACAAUCCGGCUCGUCGAGACGUAACCAUGCUGCCCGCUCAGGGCUGGGUAGUCCUCGCCUUCCGCACGGACAAUCCCGGCGCGUGGCUCUUCCACUGCCAUAUCGCCUGGCACGUCUCGGCCGGUCUUGCUGUCGACUUCCUCGAGAACGUGGGCGACCUGCGCCAGAACAUUGCACCCGGUGACAAGGCCGACUUUGACCGGAACUGCAAUGCUUGGAGGGCCUAUUUCCCCGAGUUUGAUCCGUUCCCCAAGACAGACUCUGGGCUGAGGAUGAUGAACUAG